CAACAGAAAGAGAUGACCCACUUGUUUAUUUACGCUAAGGUUACAAAUUUUGUCAAGAAGAGAAUGAGUCCUGAUUUCCGGAAUUAAUGAUUGAAUUUGUAAUACCAUGUGAUUAUACUCCUGUGUAUUGACUAUUGACUUUGUCAUUGUUUGUGUAUUGGUGAUUGUCAACUAAAUUUUACAAUUGCAUUUAUCUCCGAGUGUGACACCAAGCAAUACUAUAUUUUACCGAUGAUGAGUUGAGGAACUUGAUUAAGGCUUAAUAUGACUUCACCUGGGGAUCCUAAAAACUUCUAUUUAACGAGAUCAACAUCUCUAAGAAGAUCCAAACGAAAAUCCACGGGAUUUUAUGGCCAUAUACGCAAUCAACUCAACGAACAAUUAAGAUGUCUCGAGAAUCGUCUAGAAAUUCAGGUGGCCAUGGUACAGGAAAUUCAGGAAUUUUUCCGACGGAAAGCAGAAGUGGAACUGGAAUAUUCAAGAAAUUUGGAAAAAUUAGUGAAAAGUACAAAGUUACGACAUCGACAAGAAAAACAAAAACGUGAACAUUGGUCCCUGUUCUCCACAUUUACAUGCUGGCAGCAGCUGUUAGAUAUUACCAAGAAAGAAAGCCGAGAUCAUGGUUCCUAUGGAGAUGUUUGCAAUAACCAGUUAGCUCAUAGGCUAGGUGACAUCAUAGACAAUUCCAGGAGAAUUUUUAAUAGAUGUAAAAAUGUUGGUGAUGAAAGCCAUGAAGAAAUAAUGAAGGCAUUAACAGAGUUACAAAGUGCUAUGAAAACAUAUCAUGCCUACCAAUCAGAUAGUAAGUCAGCAGAAGCCAAACUUAAAACUGUAGAAACACAGAAGGCAAAGUUAGAACAACAAUUAGCUGGCAAGAACGCUACCAGUAAUAGGAAACUUAAGUCAUUUAACAGACAGACAGAAAAGAGAGAAACCAAAUAUAUGGAUAAUAAGAAAAAAGCUUUAAAGGCUAGGAAUGAUUAUUUGUUAGGUAUUGAAAGUGCUAAUGCGUCCAUCAACAGAUAUUUUGCAGAUGAUUGCUCUGACCUUAUGGAUUGUAUGGACUUUGGAUACCAUAAUUCUGUUCGAUGUUCAAUGUUGGUAUAUCAGUCAUGUCAUAAAAAUUUAGCCAAGGGACAUAACAAUGCUUGUGAGGUGGUCAAUAAGUGUGUGGGUGACUUAGACGCACAAUCUGAUAAACAAAGAUUUAUAGAACUUUACAACUCUGCUUUCAUGCUUCCAAAAAAGUUUGAAUUUCAACCAUAUCGUGGAGAUGAGGUUCAACAAGUUAGUGCUCAGAAAUCAGUUCAGGAUGAUAUAUUACAACGAUACCAUGCAAUUGGUGAUAGGUUACGAGAUUUACGUCUGGAAAAUGAUGAGGUUUGGAAAACUUUGGAAGAGACUGAGAAGUCAUUGAAUGAUAAAAUCAACAUUAAAGACUAUGAUGUCUCAACUUUCUUCCUGGAGGAAAACCAUCCUCCAAAGUCUCCACAUGAAGCUGCCAAAAGAAGGGGGGAUAGAAUAGAAUUAGAGGGGUUUUAUUUAGAAAAAUUUCAUAGAUAUACAUUAAGUUGCAAUCAAAUUGCUAGAUUACAGGCCAAGUACAGUGCAAUACAGAAAGCUCUCGGUGAUAACUUGUCUACUAACUCUGGUAGUCGACCACCUUCACUACCCCCUAAGCCAAAAAAGAGAAGAAUUGGUCGAUCACAGAUGGUAGGACAGCCAAAACUAUUUGGUGGAAGUCUGGAAGAAUAUAUAGAGGCUACCAGUAUGGAUAUUCCUCUUGUUAUUAGAAGUUGUGUUCGGGCAAUUAAUCUUUAUGGGAUGCAUCAUCAAGGCAUUUUCCGUAUAUCUGGUGCUCAAGUAGAAAUUAAUGAAUUUAAAGCGGAAUUUGAAAAAGGAGAUGAUCCUUUGGUAGAUGUAGACCCCAGUGACAUUAACUCUGUGGCUGGUGUACUCAAGUUAUACUUCAGAGAAUUACGAGAACCUUUAUUUCCUUUACGCCUCUUUGAGGAACUCAUAUGUUGUAGUCAAUUACAAGAACAACAAAGGAUAGAAAAGAUAAAGGAAUUACUAGCUACUCUACCUAGAUGUAUUAUAAUUGUUAUGAGAUAUUUGUUUUCAUUCCUCAAUCAUUUAUCAGAAUACUCAGAUGAAAACAUGAUGGAUGCCUAUAACUUGGCUAUAUGUUUUGGACCAACUCUGUUACCCAUCCCACCAGACAGGGACCAGGUGUCAUUUCAAAGUAAUGUCCAUGAAGUUGUAAAGACUAUGAUAGUCCACCAAGAAGAUCUAUUCUCUGGUGAUGAUACUGGGGGAAUGAUGUAUGAGAAAUGUAUUCUGGAAGACAGGGAUGUAGCAGAUGAUACAGAGGGAGAACAGUCAUCUAUACAUAGUGAUGAGGAGGACGAAGAUGAUGAUUCAGAGAUCUUUGAAGCCAUAUCAUUAUAUGAUUUUGAUGGACGUACAGAUAGAGAAUUGUCAUUUAAGAAAGGACGAUCUUUACUUUUAUAUAAUAAAGUGUCUCAAGAUUGGUGGGAAGGUGUAUGUGAGGGGAAAGAAGGUCUCAUACCUGAUAAAUAUAUACAUAUAAAACAUUUAUAUGGAUCAUCAUCUCCAUGUUUAAUAAGACCAGAAGACAAAAGAUCCUUAUUAGAUGAAGAUAAAAUGAGCAUGUCUUCUAGUACGAUAAGAAGUACUAAAUCUGAGGACUCCAAAUCAAUGGAGAGAUCACAAAGUGUUCCUACACCUAAAGAAAGUAGUCCUUCAAUAGCUUCUGUUUCAUCAAGUUCUUCAUCACAAACUUCUAAGUCUGUAGAAUCAAAAGAUACUUCUUCAUCAAGUGAUUCAGUGUCAUUCUCUGUUGAUGUCCCGUCUCCAGCGCCGGCUCCAGCUACGACCCCUGACGACAAGAUAGAAUCAAGUGUUCAAACCACAGAGACUGUCAACACAGUUUCAUUAUGUAAUAGUGACACAACUGUGCUGGAAGAUAAAAAAGCAACGGAAAAAACUAUUGCAGUAGAAAAAAUAACAGAAGAAUUGACCGCUGAUAUAGACAAUGCUUUGGCUGAAGUCGUUUCUGGAUUACAUAUGCUGGAGAUGCAACAGAUUAAUGAUAAAAGACUGAGUCUACCAAACGUUAAAGUUAACAAACAAUCUGCAAAACAUACACCUGACUUAGUGCUAGAUCUCCCUGAGGGAUCAAACUCCUCACCAUCUGGUGAUGGUAGUGAACCAGACAGUCCUACGAGUACUGCUGAUACUUUUGCAAAAUCAAAUCAAGGAACUCUAAAGAAGGCUAAUUCAAUGCCAAGGACUUUAACUGGAGACAGGUUUUAUACACCGUCGGGACAAGAUGUGUUGCUAGAAACAAGUUUUAUGUCUCAGCAACCAUUGUUAUCCACGUUCCAUGUCAAAUCUCAACAGGGACGUAAAAGUGCUCCAGAAUCGCCAAGACCUACUACUGAAUCAAUCAUGUCAAUGAGUGUUUCAUCGAUAUCAUCGAUAUCAUCUUCAGCAGUACCAGUUCCCCCUGUAUCCCUUCCUACAUCUUACUCACCAUCUACUGCUCAUACAACUCAUCAGGCAACUCCACCUCCAGUGGCUGAAAAGCCUAAACUACCACCGAAAGUCAAACCACCUGUCAUGAAGAAACCAAAUCCAGCAGAUCCGCAUAGAAAAUUUUCACUUCCCACUUCAAUGACACCGAACCCUGAUGAUUCUCAACCUCAGUCAUAGAUUAGUAAUUUAACUUUUUGCAAUUUUAUCAUCUUCAUUAUUUUAGAUAUGGAAAGACAUAUUUUAUAAUUGUUAGGUUUAAAUUUUUAUAUGAUUACACAAAUAUGUUUGGUCGUUUGUCUUAUAAUACUAUUUAAAUAUAAACUCAGAAAAUAUAAUGGAGGAAAAUAAUUCACGAACUAAAUAUAAUUGGCCAUUUCAUUGAGAAAUAUAUGGUAUUAAUAACAUGAAAAUAUAAUGAUGCAGUUCAAAUGUCUACAUAAGUUUCAUAUUUCAUAAUAUUAACAGUUGUGUGUGCCUUUAAAAAUAAACUGCUUGACAAACUUUUAUUCAAUCUCAAGCCAAAACAACAGCAUUAAACAUGUGAAUAUAUUAGAUGUAUUAAUUUUUUUCAAUUUAAUUUAAUGCCUGUCAACAGCUUAUAAAUGCUUUCCAGUUUUUUAUGCCUCUCCUCCAUGCACUUUUGAAACAGCACAUGAAAACGCAAUUUCUUAAAUUAUACUAAAAUUUGAAUCCUCAAGUUGAUUGUAUAAACAAAUGUUUGGCAAUGACCAAAAUCAUUAACAUUGAAAAGCAAUUGUGGACAAUUUUUUUUUAACUAUUUUGCUGUUGUUAUAUGAAUUUCAUUUUGGCGAUAUAUUAUUUCAAAGUCAAUAUAUAAAUACUGGUAAUAUUCUUGAAGUCAUAUGAAUUUAAGAAUCUUAAAUUAGCAUCUUUUCACUGGAGGUUGUCAUAACUGUAUUAAAAGUGUGUUCAGAAUAGUAACUAAAGCAGAAUGGUGCUAUUAUAUCUACAUGUACACAGUACUGAUCAGUAAAAACUGUCCUGUUCAUUUAUGUAAGGGGGACAACCUUAGGUAUUCACAAAAUAUUUUAUGUUUGAAAUUAAUAGUUGGUUACACUGAAUAUUCCCGACUUUUAUUUAUUUUAUUCGUAAACUAUUUUGUGAAAAGAGUGGCUGUAUUUUGUGGGAAAUACAAACACAAACAAUAUUUUUUUGUCUCAUAAUGUCAAGUGGACCUUAAUCCACCAAACAAAUGUCAUUUAUUUACAAUCUUUAUUUAUGAUAUUUAUUUUAAUUUCUUGCAAUGUCUCAUUUAACAUAUAUAGAAUCUUUGUUUGUCUUUUUUCAGUGUUUGCAUAAUAGAAAAAGCAUUGAUGAAGCUUUCUAAUAAUCUGUAUUCUAUUUAAUGUUUGUUUCAAUUUUAUGAAGCAUUUAUUUCAUUAUACUUGAAGCUGCAUAAAACAUUCACUCCUAAAUUUUUGUAAUUUAUUAUUAACUUCACUGUUAUAUAUGAUAUUUAUACCCAGCAUUUACAUUUUUGGUCAGCUGCCCUUGCAGAAUCUCUUAUAAAAAACUUCCAAACUAGUUUCUCGAUAAUAUUUUGAAAGUUUUUUAAAUUUCAUAUCCACAUACUUACACAGAAUCUCUUAAUUUUUAUGACAUCAAUAAUUAUAUCAAAAGUAAAGAUACUGUCGUUCUAGAUAGAAUUGUGUAUAUAAUGGGAGAAUUAUAAGUUUUUAAAACCCUAAAGUGUGUAUUUAAGAGUUUUCUCCCCUUGUGCCAUGUUAGCAAUACAACAAAGUGCCAAACUGUUCAGGCUACAGAGUUAUUGUUAAAUCUAGCAAGGUUAAGUAUUUAUAGCUAGUUUGUUACGCUUUUAACUUUGACCAAAUGUACAUGUGUACAUUCCAAAUGGUUUGAUAAAUACAUUUAUAGAUGUGUGUUUGGACCCUUUUAUUGCUUUGUUUUAAGUAUUUUUUCUAUUUACCCGUAUGAAUAAACUAAAUAAAAUCAUGCCCACAUACAGGUCCAUUCAAGAAAAAAAAAGCUGUGUUUGUUUAUAAGAAUUUUGCACAAGUAUAUGUUUUAAAUUAUUUUAAAAGGUAUUCUUUAAAUAAAUUGUGACUGGGCAAUAAAGAAUUGCAUUAAAUCAUCUUAAUUUGGAUGUAUAGAUUUAUAUAUCCGAAACAGAAAUUUUAAGAAAGAGCAUUAAAAUUUAGUCUGAGCUGGAUAAAGGCAAUUUUGGGGACCAGUUGUGAUUUUGUAUAAUUUCUGUUGCUGAUGUGCCUUGACUCAUUACAGUAUUUAUAUUGCAUACAGUAGCCCUACAUGUUAAAUGGAUAUGUAAUUGGAAAAAAGAGAGAUUACAUUCAAAUAAUGGCAAGAUUUAUUAUUUGGAAUAUUAUAUAACAAUAUAUAAAAGAAAGUUCAUAAUUAUGUUAUUUGUUUUUUUUAAGCUUUCCCUUUUUCAUCUUUUUAUGUUUAGCCAUAUAUGCAUGUUGCCUAAAGCAUAAUGGCAAGAGGUCCCAUUUUUUGAGCACUUUUGAAAAAAAAAUAUCUGAAAAUUUUCCAGUAUUGGCAAAAUUGAUUUGAAUACCAUUACCAAAUCCCAUCAAUUUUGAUUUUGCAGCAAACUUUUUAAGUAAAAAUAUUUAUAAAUAAAACAAAGGGUUUUUCAAUUCACAUACAUUGUACUAACAAAUGUUAAUAUAUUGUUAACUAGUUAAAGAAUCAGAAAGAAUAGUUAUGUAAACUAUUCAUUGUGACCGUGUUUAGUUUAGCUAUUUAUUAGAAAAAUCCUGUUUGUAUUUUAUAAAUAUUUAGUACAAAGAAUUGGCAAUUGAUUAAAUACCUCAAGAUCAUUUGUAGAAAUUUAAAUAAAUUCAUAGAUAUAUCACUUCAGGCAUGUUGCAUUAUUUUAAGAAUUGAAUUAGAUAUUCAUUUCAUAUUUUGUGCUUAUAAAUCUUCAUCAAUCAGAUGUUUUAUGUUCUCAGUUUAUGUGCAAUUUUAUGUUUUUAAAACAUGUACAAAAGAGAAUUAAUAAAAUACAAAAUGAAAUGUACUGUUUAUGCCUGUUAUUUACUAUGUUCAUGUACUAACAAAAAUAUAAAAACACAGCCAUGAUCAAAAUCAAAAAGAACAAAGCAGUCUGUAUAUGCAUAUGUGAUACUCAAUAGUGAUCUGGUUUUUGUCAUGGUCACACAAGUUUGAAAUACCAAUUGUUUUUCAUUUAAAUGCUGAUAUUCUUAAGGCAUCAUUUCUUAGAAAUGGGAGAUCUGUAUGCUAUUUCUAUAUUUCCAAUAUGGUUCAGUGUUAUGGGUUAAACUUGUAUUUUGUUGACUUCAAAUGGUGCUUUUUGACAGGUUAACUGUUACAUUAAACUGUGUAGUAUUUGAAAGUGCUUUGUCAGUGUGUUUUCACAGAGAGAAUUGAAUUGAAUCAUGGGCAGUUCUGUAUAGGGGAUAGGAACAUUAAAUUGUAUCUUGAUGCAAAUAUAUGAUAUGUGAUUGUAAAAGGCAAGAUUAAGAUUGCCAUCACCGUGGAUAAAAGUUGACACGAGACACUAUGAGAGAGAAAUGUUAUGGAAAGUGAAAACAUUAUUAAUAAUUUUAAGAUAUAUUUGGAACUGCAAAGUGGUAAUUAUUUAUCUAAUCUGGAUGGAAUAACUAUUUGGGGAUAGCCUUCACUUUUCAACCUGUAAAAUCAUUCACUAAUUUUACUCAUAAAAUAUAUAUUUGUUUCUCUCUUUUUGCUUGCCCACUUGUAUUAUAUCUGGAUCAGAUCAGAAGUGAAGUCUACUUCCACCAAACAUUUUACAUAACUCAAAUGGAAAAUUUUAACCACAUUUCAAUGCAAUCUUUAAAACUUGCCAUAUUUUAUGGACACAUGCAUUGCUGAAGACCAAAAUAAGUCUUUAGAUGCUCUUUUUUUAUCCUGGUUUGCUGUCUCAUUGAGGUUUACCCUGUAUCUUCUUUUAUUCAUAAUUUAAUUCUGUGAAAUCCAAGAUGGCCACUAGAAUGUUAUCCUAUAAAGACAAAAUACAAAUAUUUUUUCUGAGAAACUUUUUUACCAGUUACUAAUCAGUUUAUGAUAAAUAUCUAUCUGAUGUGUGAUUGAGUGACAUUCCCUACAGAAUAUGAUCUGAAAAACCAAUAUAAGGACAUAAAGUAAUUUUCAUGGCUAUAAGGGGGACUGAUACAGGUUUAUCAGAAGACCACUUGAACAGUUUCAGCACAAAGUCCUGAAGUGGAAAGGUUAUACCUAAUGUUUUGUUGACAAUGUUUCUGUUAUCAUAAAUCAAAAUCAUAUGAGGAAUUGUUAAGCUUUCACAUAGUCCAUUUAUCUGUUAUUGAAAAUGUUAUGUCAAACUCAAUCAAAUACAAGACCUAAAAGUCUACUGUGGAUUCAUUUAUUUUCGUGGGUACCAAUUUUCGUGGAUAAAAGAAAACUUGUAUGUUCGUGGAUAUUUUAUUUCGUGGUUUUGCCAAGGUUUGCAUACAAUCCUAUAGAAUAUUUGUCAUUCUUUGUACAUUAAAUUUCGUGGUUUACCUGAACCCACGAAAUGCACAAAAAAUUGGUAUCUAACGAAUAAUAAUGAAUCCACAGUAUUUGAGAAAUUGUAGAAUUAAGCAUAUAUUCAUAAAUAAUGUAAUACAGAAUAUAAAAGUAAACUAUACAAAAUUGUGAUACACAGAUAUCUGUAGCCAAGAAGGUCUUUUAAUAAGUUAAUAUUGUUUACGUAUUGCAUAAUGUUAAAACAUCUGUCAUUCUUGUCUAGUAUUGAAAUAUGAUCAUCUAAAAAUUAGCCAUUUAUACAAGAAUGAUUUUUUUUAUUGUGAAUAUGAUUGGAUAAUCUAGAAUGUAGUUAGACCAAUGAAAAUAGAAUUAAGUAGACAUAGGUAACAUUGGUUCAUUUAAUGCUCAUAAUAUAGGUACAAAUGUAUAUGCAUGCUUUUUACCGUGAAUAAAAGAUACGAAAUCUUCAAA